AUGACGCCCAAUGGAGGCAAUCCCGAACGCCCCAAGAAGCUGCAGCGCAUCUCACAGGCCUGCGAUCUCUGCCACCGUCGCAGUAUUCGCUGUCGACCCAGCAAUGAGAACGCUGAGCAUCAAUGUCAGAAUUGUUUCGACUUUGCCGUCGAGUGUACAUAUAAUCGGCCUUCACGUCGACGACGCAACCCAGCGAACAUUCCUCCUGGACCGCCGAAUGCACUUCCCUCGCAACAACAAUACUUUUCGUCUCAAUCUGCACGACAACUUUCUGCCACGUCGGACAGCAUCGCUGCCUCCGCGAACGCGCGAGAGGGUCGUCAUGAAGAUGCCCUCCAGAUCGCCUGGCGAUCAUAUGCCUCGGCCAACAAUGCCAUGAUUCUGCGCUACAUCGAGGUUUACACGAGUUACGUGUAUCCCAUCUUCCCACUUUUCCAUAUUCCAACGCUUCUGCGCCGAUUACAACAAUCCGACCACAUGGUCGAUCAUGGCUUCUUCGCUUCCGUCAUGGCAGCCUGUUCGCUUGCGGCUGCUCGUGCUCGCGAUGGAGCAAUUCCGGAAUCAGCAGGCUUGCAUGUUGGGAAAGAUCUUGAUACAAAUUCGGAAAUAUUCUUCGCAGCCGCCCAGUCGGCUGUAUGUGACGAUCUGAGCAAGGCAUCAAGCUUCAGCAUCAUGCGCGCUUGUGGCCUGUUGGCGUUGACAAGCAUCCAGUAUGGUCGAAUCAACUCAAUGCACCAAUACAUGGGACACUAUCACACCCUCAGCGCCAUGCACCACUUUCAUGAUGAGAACACCUGGUCUGAGGGCCUGACUAUACCUGCAAGAGAAGAGAGGCGUCGGCUGUUCUGGUCCAUGUAUCAGCUGGACGUGUUCAUUGCCUGUGUUUUCGAGGGGAUGCCUCAUGUACAAGAGGUAUACGCCAACGUCACUUAUCCUGCAGAGAUCCUCGAUGACGACUUGACACCAGUGGAAGCUGCGUCUCCAGGCGAGAGCAACACAUGGCUACGCGGUUUCAACUUCACUAUACACCUUUAUCGCAUCCUGGCCGCGACUUUGACGCGGAUGCGAAUGGACCAAACGCGUCAGGACCGCAUCCCGAUCCAUCCUAUGUUCAUCGGCCAAGGUGCUCCUGCAGUGCAGAUCAUGGAUCAAGUCGUCGCCUUCUAUUUCACUUUGCCGGCUGAAUUUCGACGCUUCGAUCUGCCGGUCACCGGCAUUCCAGCUGCGGAUAUUAUUGGGUUCCAGGUGGCCAAUAUACAAGCAACCCUGCAGCUGGUUCGCAUGACCUUGAUAGAUUCCUGUAAUCAAUUCGACGGCGAUCAAAAGUGCUUGAUUGUCGAACAGGUUCUUGCGGCCUUCACAGAGAUAAAUCCUUUCUAUCUCAGAGCCAUCAGCACUCCGCUGGUCUUCCAUCUUGGUCGCAUAGGACACAUCUUGGCAUCCGUGAUACAAGGUCCCAUGACGGACGUGCUGUACAAUCGAGCACGCCAAUUGCUCGGUUCCCUCGCCGACCUCCUUGAAGGUCUCGAAUCCAGCCUACAACCCACCGUCGGCGCAAGCAAAGAGCUGCGCGACCAGAUCGAGAAGAUCGACACUCAUAUGCAGGAGCAGGAGCAUAUGGAUAUGCGCGUUGCUCGUAUGCAGCAUCAGAUGGCGCCAAACACGAUGACGCCUGGCAUCCCGACGAAUUCGCAAAGCUCUCAGAUACCAUUUCGAUCAGCGCAAGCAAUGACAGGUGGCAGCUCUUCUCAUGGCCCUAUGGAUGAAUUCCAGCUGCCUCCGGAGCUGACAGGUGAAUGGCCGUGGCCGUUUGAUGUGCAAGCGGAACAGAAUUACCACGUGGCUCCUGGGUAUAGCCAUGAAGGGGAGAAGCAAUAG